CAGAAUCCGCUCAUUUACAUAAUCUCGUCCCCGCGCAGGAGCGCCGCCGAACACUCGCGAAUCACGACGCAGCGUAACCGGAGCCUUAAUUUGCCUACGGCCUCUUUAAGUACUGAGGCGCUUCCGGUAGCCUGGGUAUUACUGUGCUGUUUGCCGUUCUGGUCCGCUCUCGCUCUUGUCUGCCGCUCGUGCCUCCCGCUAUGCCCGAGCCCGCAAAGUCCGCUCCCGCGCCCAAGAAGGGCUCCAAGAAAGCGGUCACCAAAGCCCAGAAGAAGGACGGCAAGAAGCGCAAGCGCAGCCGUAAGGAGAGUUACUCCAUCUACGUGUACAAGGUGCUCAAGCAGGUGCACCCCGACACCGGCAUCUCGUCCAAGGCCAUGGGCAUCAUGAACUCCUUCGUCAACGACAUCUUC